AUGCACUCCUCCAUCAAACUCCUCGUUGCCACCAUCCCUGCCCUCGCCGCAUCCGCCUGCGUCGGACCCCCGGUGAAUGGCCCAACCCUCGACCUUAUCAAGGGCUUCGAAGACUUCCGAGGCGCCGUCUAUGAUGACGGUGCCGGAAACCCAACAAUCGGCUACGGCCAUCUCUGCACGGACUGGUCUUGCUCUGAUGUCGCCUUGCCUCAGCCCCUGACCGAAGAGACCGCUGCCCAGCUACUCGCUGGUGACUUGAUUGGCUACCAAGACGCCGUUACCAAUGCCUUCGCCGACCCCGUCACCCUGAACGACAACCAGUAUGGCGCUCUCGUGUCCUGGACUUACAACAUCGGCAACGGAAACAUGAAGUCGUCUGACCUUGUUUCUCGCAUGAAUGCCGGCGAGGACCCGGCUGCUGUUGCCAAUAAUGAACUUCCUCAGUGGAUUCAUUCCAACGGACAGGUGAUGAAUGGCCUCAUUAGGAGGCGCAAGGAGGAAGUGAACCUGUUCAAUGCUCCCAGCAAUGUUGGCGCUCUCCCUGCUCCUUGCUAA